CGGCGGAGCCUCGGUGCAGGAGGAGGAGGAGGAGGAGGAAGAGGAGGGGGCCGCCGCCAUCAUGGCGGGGCUGAGCCGCACGCUGGGCAUCUUCGGCGGCUUCGUGGCCGUGGUGGGGGCUGCCCUGUACCCCAUCUACUUCAGGCCGCUGCUGCUGCCGGAUGAGUACAAGAAAGAACAGUCAAUAAACCGAGCUGGUAUUGUUCAAGAGGAUAUUCAGCCUCCAGGGUUAAAAGUGUGGUCUGAUCCCUUUGGAAGAAAGUAAUGUGGCUGGCUGGGUGCAUUGCAAGGCAGAACUGAAGACGGACUCUUCAGCUGUUUCUUCUUACACUGAAGUGUGCCUGUGGGUGUCGCUGGAGAAGAAUUCUGAAUAUGCUGUGUGGGCGCAUGAGGAGCAACAAACGCUACUGGCUGGAAUGCCAAGAGGAAAAAAAAAAUGCUAGUUUUGACAAAAGGUGCUUUGGUAACAAUGCACAGAUUGUUAGAGCGCUGAAGGAUUAAGUUUAGAAGUGAAAUAUUUAUUUCCUUGAGAAAAGGGAAGAAGAAUUAUUUUUUGUGGUUAAUCUGUAAACACUUCUAGAAAAAAUUAUGAAUAGGCUAAAUCAUGCAGACCACUGCAGUUUCCUCCCUAGUUUGAGAAUUACUUUUUGUGGUUUUAUGAAAACAUGACAGAAGUUUAUACUGAGAGAGACCACUGCAGAUUUGUGCUCUCUUAUGCAAAAUAUAACAUGGUGAGUGUGAAUUUGUACAUUAAAAUUUCUUCUUUUCAAAUCAA